AUGGCGUCUAGAGCUGUAAAAUUUAAAGUGGAGAGGAGAGUUCUGGAUGAACUACGACUUGAAGAGUUGACACCAAGGAAACCAUACUCCGACACACACAAGUCUCUUAAAGUGCGUCUCAGAGACUCCUUCAGAUGUUCACUGUCCAAACUGAAGCAUGGCUUGAUGAGCAUUUUGCCUGUCUUGUAUUGGUUUCCCAAAUACUCCAUCUGGGACUACGGAAUGCCCGACCUGAUCUCUGGCAUCAGUGUCGGCAUAAUGCACCUGCCACAAGGAAUGGCUUACGCUUUAUUGGCCUCCUUGCCUCCUGUUUUUGGGCUCUAUACAUCCCUCUAUCCGGCACUGGUCUACUUCUUUUUUGGGACGUCACGCCACAUUUCUAUUGGCACAUUCGCUGUGCUCAGCAUUAUGGUGGGAAGUGUGACAGAGCGACUUGCCCCAGACGUGAAUUUCCGAAUAAUGAACGGAACCAACAUCACCUCUGAGGUUGAUAUAACUUCCCGUGACUCAUACAGAGUUCAAGUGGCGGCUGCCACCACUGUUCUGGGAGGACUGAUUCAGGUGGUGCUUGGUCUGGUGAAGUUUGGCUUUGUGGGAACUUAUCUGUCUGAACCUCUUGUUCGAGCAUAUACAACAGCGGCAGCUGCCCACGCUGUGGUGGCACAACUCAAAUACAUUUUCGGUGUGUCACCAACACGGUUCAGCGGGCCACUAUCCCUGGUUUAUACGUUGAUGGAUGUUUGCGUCCUGCUGCCACAAACUCAUCUCCCCACCCUGGCUGUCAGUCUCGUCUCCAUGGCGUUCCUCAUUGCAGCAAAGGAGCUCAACUCUUUCCUGAGUCAGAAGCUGCCAGUCCCCAUCCCGGUGGAGCUCAUCACAGUCGUUGCCGCGACCUUCUUGUCAAACUGUGUCCACUUGAGUGACAAUUACUCCGUUCCAGUUGUUGGUGAAAUCCCCAGUGGUCUCAGUCCACCCAAGGUCCCAGAUGUGAGCAUUUUUGGGGAGGUUGCCGGGGAUGCUUUCGCGAUAGCCCUCGUAGCGUACGCCAUAUCAAUUUCCCUGGGGAAAACAUUUGCGUUGAAGCAUGGAUACAAAGUGGACAGCAACCAGGAACUGGUGGCUCUGGGUCUCAGCAAUGCAGCAGGGGGAUUUUUCCAGUGUUACUCUGUUUGUGCCUCCAUGUCUCGAAGUCUUAUUCAGGAGACCACCGGAGGGAAAACACAAAUGGCUGGAGUCGCUUCAGCUGUGAUAGUUUUGGUGACAAUUUUAAAACUUGGACCACUUUUCCAGGAGCUGCCAAAGGCUGUUCUCGCCGCCAUUGUUUUUGUAAAUUUGAAGGGAAUGUUCAAGCAAUAUGCUGACAUUGUUACUCUGUGGAGGAGCAACAAGAUUGAUCUUGUGUUGUGGUUGGUCACUUGGGUGGCGACUAUUCUCUUCAAUCUAGAUCUGGGUCUUGCUGCAUCCAUUGCUUUUGCUCUUCUGACUGUCAUCUUCAGAACCCAGCUACCAACCUACUCCGUAUUGGGAAAUGUUCCCGGAACCGAACUUUAUGUGGAUAUGGAGAUACACCAACAAGCAAAAGAGAUCCCUGGUGUCACCAUUUUCCGAUCAUCUGCUACAGUAUAUUUUGCAAAUGCAGACCUUUACUUGGAAGCCUUGAAAGAAAAGAGUGGGCUUGACAUCAGUAAAAUGAUCCUUUAUAAGAGGAGACAAGAGGCCAAGCAGAGACGCAGACAAAGGAGGGCAGAGAGACGAGCUAAAAGACAAGCUAAACGUGAGCACCAACAGGCGGAGAGAUGCGCUCCUGUGUUCUCAGUAGAGGAAGAGGCUGAGCACUGGAGAGACACAUGUCUGGACGGCGGUGACACACAGGUUUGGACUGAGAGACAAAAUGGGACGGUGUUUGUCGUUCCGACCAACAGCCAAACACCAGACGGACGCUGCAGGUGGGAGUAUCUGAAAGGAGGAGACCCCGAGAGUCACAGCUUGGGAUGGAUGUCUCAGCUGCAAGACGGAGACACCACCACGCUAGGAUCCAGCAGCGAGGACACCCUCAGUCGAGACCUGGAACGAGUGUCUCUGGGGUCCCUGGGCAAGUGGACGUGGGACAUUCACUCCAUCAUUCUUGACCUCUCCACGGCAAAUUUCAUUGACACGGUGGCGAUAAAGACAAUCAAAAAUAUUUUCAAGGAUUUCAGUGAAAUUGAUGUAGAUAUCUACAUGGCUGGUUGUCAAACUUCUGUGGUGGAACAGUUGGAACUUGGUGGCUUCUUCUCUGAAACAAUAACUAAGGAGCAUCUUUUUGUCUCCGUCCAUGAUGCUGUUCUCCACUGCCUUGACCAUCGAGGGGCUGCUUCUAUCCCGAGAUACGAGCCUUCUUGGAACAUGGACACUGACACAAAACUGUAG